GGAGCCUAAUCGAAGGGGGUUUCGAACCGGAGUUAUGAGAGUGAGCGCAGCAGCUUUGGCCGGGGGCCUGUUCGGGGGUCUGGGGACUCUGUGUUUCCUCGUCGCCUUUGGUACAGACUACUGGCUGUUGGCCAGUGACAACUGUGGACCACAUACAUGGCAGUGGCAGCCAGCGCUAAGAGGGGGAAACGUGGCCAAUGGGACGCAGCAGGCGGAGGAAGGGGCGACUUCCGGGCCCCCCGCUCUCACUCUGCACCAUGAGGGGUUCUUCUGGCGCUGCGCCUUCCGGGCGGAUCCCUCGGUACACGCGGUCUGGGCCACUUUCUUCACUAACCAGCCAGACUCCAAAGUGUGUAUUCACGGUUACCUCUUCCCGCUGCCCGUCGCGAUCGGACAGGUGCCUCAUCCAAGUUACGACGCGACAGCAGUGUUUCGAGGCUUUUGGACCGUGCUGAUCGUCCUGGGGGUGGUUUGCGCCCUGACGGGGGGCUUCCUCCUGCUCUGUGGCGUCCCCUUCCUCAGCCACAAGCUCUGCAGGCUGGGCGGAGCCUUCCUCCUCGCUGCCGCGUCUUUGUUCCUGUUCGUGGUGGUGCUCUAUGUGCUGUGGGCGGAGCUGGUGGAUGUGAAACGCUACAUCCUCCAGGAGAAGGGAGAGCUGUGCCCGGAUGCCAAGGUUUCGGUGCACUACGGCUGGUCGUUCAUGGUGGCAGCGGCUGGCGUGCCUCUGGCGCUCGUGUCCGGGAUGCUCUUCACGCUUGUCAGCCGUGUUCUGCAAGCGAGGAAGUGA